AUGGACCAAGAUAACGAAAGAAAUGUUUCAAGAUUAUGGAGAGCCUUUCGGACUGUGAAGGAGAUGGUGAGAGAUAGGGGAUAUUUUAUUACCCAGGAAGAAAUUGAUCUAAGUUUGGAUGAUUUUAGAGUGAAGUAUUGUGAUUCUAUGGGUAGGCCACAACGUAAGAUGAUGUCUUUCCAGUCUAAUCCAGUUGAAGAAUCUCUUGAAAAAUCUCCUCAUAUGGGAUCCGUGUGGGUUGAAUUCUGUGACGAACCAAGUGUUGGUAUUAAAACUAUGAAGAACUUUGUUAUUCACAUUGGUGAGAAGAACUUCCAAACGGGUAUUUUCAUAUAUCAAAACGGUAUAACACCUAGUGCGCUAAAGUUACUUCCCUCUGUUGCGCCAGCUACUAUAGAGACAUUUAAUGAGUCGUCCUUGGUUGUUAAUAUUACUCACCAUGAACUGGUUCCUAAACAUAUCAAAUUAAGUGAAGAAGAAAAGAGAGAGCUAUUGAGAAGAUAUAGAUUAAAAGAGUCACAACUACCACGAAUCCAAAGGGUGGAUCCUGUUGCAUUAUACUUGGGUUUAAAGAGAGGCGAGGUUGUCAAGAUCAUUAGAAAGUCUGAAACUGCUGGUCGUUACGCGAGUUACAGAAUUUGUUUGUAA